UCCUGCAAGUCAACUCGUGUACUCUCGCAAACAUAGCUGAAAUAUUGGAGUUGUAUUGUAUUGGAGGAGGGUGGCGUGACACAUCGCCGCACUCCUGAACGCUCUGUUUGUUCUGGUGGGACCGGAGUGGACCAUCAGUGAUCAAACUGGCCGGUAGACCGGGAUUUCUACUCGGUCUAUUUUUGAUAGACACAUUUUAGUCUCUGCCGACCUCGUUAUCUUGAGGCUCACCGAACUCUAGUGUUUCACAAAAAGCAUGGUCAUGGCUGACUGUCAACAAAAGCCAGUGCUCCGGGGUCCGGUACGAGUGGGCUUCUACGAUAUCGAGCGGACUCUAGGAAAGGGCAAUUUCGCGGUUGUAAAACUGGCAAGACAUCGUAUAACCAAGACUGAGGUGGCUAUAAAGAUCAUCGACAAGACGCAGCUGGAUGCUGUCAACCUGGAGAAGAUCUAUCGUGAAGUACAAAUCAUGAAAAUGCUGGACCAUCCGCACAUCAUUAAACUCUACCAGGUCAUGGAGACCAAGAAUAUGCUGUACCUAGUGACAGAGUAUGCCAAGAAUGGGGAAAUUUUUGAUUAUCUAGCCAAGCAUGGACGGCUGAGUGAACCAGAGGCACGGCGUAAGUUCUGGCAAAUUCUAUCUGCUGUCGAGUACUGUCACAAUCGUAACAUUGUUCACCGGGACUUGAAGGCGGAGAACCUGCUUCUAGAUGGACACAUGAACAUCAAGAUUGCUGAUUUUGGCUUUGGAAACUUCUUCCAGCCAGGAAAGCCCCUGGCCACGUGGUGCGGUAGUCCUCCAUAUGCAGCCCCGGAGGUUUUUGAGGGACAGCAGUAUGAGGGACCCCAGCUGGACAUCUGGAGUAUGGGGGUGGUCCUGUAUGUACUGGUGUGUGGGGCCCUGCCCUUUGACGGCCCCUCUCUCCCCGUCCUGCGGCAGCGUGUUCUGGAGGGCCGUUUCCGUAUCCCUUACUUCAUGACAGAAGACUGCGAGCAUCUGAUCAGGCGGAUGUUGGUGUUGGACCCUUCCAAACGUCUGUCUAUAGGACAAAUAAAGGAGCACAAGUGGAUGGUUAUGGAGGUCCCUGUGCAGAGGCCAAUGUUAUAUCAGCAGACUGCAGAGGGGGAGGCUGGGGUGGGAGAAUACAGUGAGCAGGUGCUCAGGUUAAUGCACAGCCUGGGCAUCGACCAGCACAAGACCGUAGAGUCUCUUCAGAAUAAGAGUUACAAUCAUUUUGCUGCUAUCUACUAUUUGCUGGUUGAGAGGUUGAAGGCACAUCGCUGCAGUUUCCCCAUUGAAACCCGCCUUGAUGCCCACCAGAGACGUCCCAGUACCAUCGCAGAGCAAACCGUCAUCAAGGCGAGCAGCACUGCUCCUCAGGUGAGCCUCCUGCCUCAGAAUGUACGGCACCUGCGCUCCCCAGCAGUGCCUCAAGCCUCCACGGACUCAUUCACAUUCCCACAGUCCUCCUGUUCUGCCGAGCACAGCCUCAUGGAGGAGGAGGUUGGAACUCCAAAAGUCAACGGCUGUAUGCUGGACCCCUUGCCCCCCGUGGCCGUUCGCAAAUCCAGUGCCUCAUCCCCCAGCAACAUGAUGGAGACUUCUAUAGACGAGGGCAUCGAAACAGAGGAGCUGGACACAGAGGAUGAUCCUAUCCAUGUCUUCAACGCCUAUCAGACGACCCGCUUCGGGCAGCGCAGACACACGCUGUCAGAAGUAACCAACCAGCCAGGAGUCAUGACCAAUGCAGGUAAACUGUUCAGCAUGGGUCAUAACCCGUCUCUGGGCAGCGUUGAUUCAGAGUAUGACAUGGGCUCCAUGCACAGUGAUCUGGGUCUGCUGGAGGACAUGCCCUCUCUUAACGAUGUGGUCCUGGCCAACACGCCUGUCACCAGCAUGACUCCGCCCUUCAUCAGUGCUCGGCCUGCUAACCCUACCAUGCAGGCACUGAGCGCUCAGAGGAGAGAGACGCACAAUCGCUCUCCCAUCAGCUUCCGGGAGGGCCGUAGAGCAUCAGACACUUCUCUCACACAGGGCUUGGUGGCCUUCAGACAGCACCUACAGAACCUGGCAAGGACCAAAGGUAUCCUGGAGUUAAAUAAGGUGUACGAGCAGAUGGGCUCUGGAGAAAACCCUUCCCUGGGGCUGCUAAGCCCUCAUGCCCAUCAGCAUGGCUUGCUGGACCCUGCUGUACAGGAGGAAAGAGGUCACCAGCAUGACAUGGCUCUGUACUCAGGUGAAACACAUCCUGCGCUGUUGUCAAGGAGACAGAGUCUGGAGCCACAGUACCUCUCUCAUAGAAUACAGAAAGCUACUCUGAUGGCUAACAGCCCCAGCAGUUGCCAGAUGUUCUGCAAAGAAAGUCCUCGCAGUCUGGAGCAGCAGCUGCAGGAACACCGGCUGCAGCAGAAGCGGCUAUAUAUCCAUAAACAAUCCCAAAUGCAGGCCUUCUUCAAUCAGAUGCACAUUGUAGAGGACCCCUAUGCUUCUUGUCAACCUAUGGGGCACCAGGACUCAGGAGUUCCUCCUCAGUCACAGGGUUCCAUAAUACUAGGACAUCAGCAACAGCAGAGUCCCCAAGCCUCCCCUCCAUAUGCACACACACAACCCCUCUGCCCUCUAAUGGAGCCCAACCCAGAAGCCCUAGCGUAUGAGCCUUACCUGGGCCAUUUCCCUAUGAUGCAGCCAACACCUCUACCGCAAGGCUUCUCUGCUCAGCUACAGGGCCAACAACCAGAAUCCCGAAACUACAGCUACCCAACCUGUGAUCCAAGCCACUCUCCCUCGGGAGAAACACUGUACCAAGAGCAAUAUGACUGUCCGCUUGAUCCAGGGCAGCCACCUCCAACGGGCCCAGUAGAGGGCGGUGCAUCUGGAUACGAAGGGCUGACACUGGGUGACCCUUUUCUGGAUAGUGAAAUGAUGGAAACGGUGGACUCCCAGCAUGGGUUUGUACUGGUGAACUGAGACAAGACAGUGAAAAUAACCAGUAUUACCUUGAUUGAUGGAUGAAAUUAUGGAGAUAAGGUAACAGGGAUGGAUCAAGUUUUGUAUUGUCAACAUUUUAUAUUGUGGCGAACGUGAGCUGUAAUCAUUUUUAUUUUACAAAACUCCUCCCUACCUCCCUCCUCAUUCUUCAGAGGUCCCACCUGCUGCUCUCUCUCUCUCACAAAGUAGAGGCCGGAUAGCAUGGUAUUUGGGCCAGUACUGGGCCGGCUGUGUGGGAGCUCACCUCUCACCUCCGAGCUGACUGCAGGAUAGGAGCUGCUCGCUACGCACUGUACGUAGCACAAAGACAGCCUGGAACUGCAAUACAGAGCCUGCUCAACAGCACAAUUAAAUACUGACACAUUUUGUACUGAAAGUGAACAAAAAUCAAGCUCAAAAACUUUGAUUAUAAAAGACCGCUUAUUGUUGUGCACACUUGAUAAGUGCAAUGUUAGUUAAAACACAUGGCAAUAUUGAAGCAAUAUACUGAUUCAUCUGGAAGCCAUAAGUAGGAAUUACACCACCCAAAAAUAUUUCAAUGGUUCAAAAGCUUGGUGUGGCUGAAACUGUGAUUCUCACUAGAUUCCCCCUCAUCCUAAAGGCACUAAAAAUAACAAUCUGUUCUAUAACUGUAAGUGUUAUAUUGUUCCUUAAAAUGACAGUUCCUCUGCAUCAGCACAUGUUUGAUUCACCAUGGAGGGGUGAGACACACUUUUUCCACAGUGACGAUUAAUGGUGAGUGGUUUGUGUUUCAGGUGACAUCACCUCUAUGGGCGUUGUCAGUUUAGGCAUACAUUUAUAUGAUUUAGAGUGUUCAGUUAUGAUUAUUUCAGUGGUAUUGCUCUUUACACUAAUCCAGAA